CGAGACCAAAAGCUUAAGAUGGGAGUCCAUUUCUGAUUCUCAGUCGUCGUCAUUCGAGUUCGCGUGUAUUGUCUUGCGGAAUCGCGUUGCAACCGUCGACCUCGUCCUCCUCCUCGUCCCGAGCUAGAAGCCCCUUCGACUUCAAUCGUAAUUCGUCGAAGACGAGUUGAAUUUGGUGGAAGUCAGACUUCCUGUAGCAGACUUGAUUUGCGAGGAUAUAUCGAAAUGCAGACAUCAAGGGCGAGGCUGUUCAAGGAAUACAAAGAGGUGCAGCGAGAGAAGGGAGCUGAUCCGGACAUUCAGUUGGUUUGUGAUGACUCAAACAUAUUUAAGUGGACUGCUCUUAUCAAGGGACCGUCGGAGACUCCUUUUGAGGGUGGUGUUUUCCAGCUAGCCUUUGCUAUACCUGAGCAGUAUCCACUGCAGCCGCCUCAAGUUCGUUUCCUGACUAAGAUAUUCCACCCCAACGUGCACUUUAAGACCGGGGAGAUAUGCCUUGAUAUUCUGAAGAAUGCAUGGAGUCCUGCCUGGACACUUCAGUCUGUUUGCAGGGCUAUAAUAGCUCUCAUGGCCCACCCUGAGCCUGACAGCCCACUAAAUUGCGAUUCAGGAAACCUACUCCGAUCGGGUGACGUGAGAGGAUACCAAUCCAUGGCGAGUAUGUACACUAGGCUCGCUGCCAUGCCGAAGAAAGGCUGAAACCAAGCACUUACGCAAGCUCGAUUUGAUGCAUUGACGCCUUUAUCCAUGUGCUUGUAAAAUAACUCAGGACUUUUCAUAUGAAGAUAAAGCUGUAUGGUUCUUCAUGCAGAUGAAUUCUUAAUUAACGAAAGCUGAAUUCGGGCUAGAGAACAGAGUCGGUAUGUCAUUUGCUGUACAAUAUUAUGCCAGUUGAGCUCUUUCAGAAGAUGGAUUCUCUUCACAAAUUCAGUGAACUCUGCUGAACAAGCCUGUAUCUGUUCUGAGUUUAAACUGGAUCUUAUGUUUCUCCUUCUGGGCAUAACCUUGAGCUUGUGCCUGAGAUUGAAUAUCAUUUACAAAGUAAGACACAGAAUGUUUCUCUUCUU